CCCUGGUCGAGCGUCUUCAAUUGUCACACAUGUGUUCUCAUGACUAUGUUGAUGCCAAUCCUCGUCCAAGUUGUCAGCGCCUGUCACUCCAGCGAUACCACCAGGCCCUGGGCCAGACCGUACUUUCCAUGGCAGUACUUCAAAAUCGAGCACUGUGCCCCAGUAAUUGCGCCUGCAAACAAGUCGGGUUGGCUGACAGCCCCGGCACUGUGGCCCAACCAUCAUCAUCAGUGCGGCUGGCUUCACAAACAAGAAAUCGGAAAGAAGACAGAGAGAGCGGGAGGACUGGAUGAGAAGCGGCUCCUCGACGGAUCCAAAGCAGAAAGAGGCAGGAAACAUCGAGCGCAAGCAUCGGUCAAAACAUCUCCGCCAUUCUUCGUUGGUGGAGGGCACGCCUCUCGUCUGCACCCCGCCUCUCAGCUCAGCUCAGUUCAGCUCAGCCCAUGGUCCAUCAUGAGCGACCUACAGCGAGCCUGGGCAAAGUCCAAGUAUGGCAUGUCCAACGACAUCUUCAACGAGCUGGACGAGGAACAGGAGACUGAUCAGGUCCCUGAACUUCCGGAGCCUGUGGACGACGACUCCUCGUCUGCAUCCUCGGCAUCGUCCGUCUCCUCCACCGGCACCGUCAUCCCAUCGCCGAACCAGAAGCUAUUUGCUCGACCUCAAGGAGUCGCCCGUGGUAGGACCCUCGAGCAGAUCCCUUGGACCACCUACUUUGAGCGAGAGUUGUCCCUGAGGUCGGAGCAGGACCCUGAGGUGGUCUAUCAUGCCUACCUGACAUCUCCAGUGGACAAGGGGCCACUGUUUGUAAUGCAUCAUGGAGGAGGAUCCUCUGGGCUAUCGUUUGCCGUGGUGGCUUCUGAGAUUAAAAAACGCCUGCCCGCGGCUGGCAUUCUUGCCCUCGACUGCAGAGGUCACGGGUCGACGGUUGUACCGGGAGACGCGGCACUGGAUCUGAGGCUGGAGACACUAUCGACAGAUCUCUUCAACGUCAUCCAGCUGACCAAGUCUGAGAUGAAGUGGCCAGGGAUGCCCCCGAUCGUGCUCGUGGGACACUCCCUUGGUGGAGCCGUCGUGACUGACCUGGCUAAGACGGGCCGGUUGGGAACAUCGGUCUUGGGGUAUGUCGUGCUGGAUGUGGUGGAGGGCUCAGCCAUCGAUGCCCUGCAGAGCAUGCAUACGUACCUAUCUACGAGACCCUCGGGAUUUGCGACGCUGCAGGCAGGUAUUGACUGGCAUGUCCGAUCGCGAACGAUCCGCAACUCGAUCUCUGCCCGGACGUCUGUCCCUGCACUGCUGGUCUUUGAUGAGAACCAAGACCCGACGCGUCCUUGGAGAUGGCGGACCAACCUGGGCGCAACGCAGCCAUUCUGGGAAGGCUGGUUUGUCGGCUUGAGCAAGAAAUUCCUAGAGGCCAGAGGAGGAAAACUGCUCCUGCUGGCUGGGACUGAUCGACUUGACACUGAGUUGACCAUCGGCCAGAUGCAAGGGAAAUACGCCUUGCAAGUCUUUCCGGAAGCGGGCCACUUCAUUCAUGAAGAUUUGCCAGAGAAGACGGCUGUGUCGCUGGUGGACUUUUACCGCCGGAACGACCGAAGCACUCUGGUAUUGCCCCCCAAGGUGUCGGAGCUGCUCAAGCAAGGGAAGAGAGUAUGA